UAGCCGUUACUAUAAAAAUUGAAAUCAAUCAUUUAUAUUGAUAAUCAUUGCAUGCGAAUAAACAAGAAAAAAAAUAGAGAUUAUAAGUAAAUGAACAUUUCAUUUAUAUUGAUUUCUACGGAUAGCGACAUAAAUUUUAUUUAUUUUGUAUUUAUUUGAAUUAAUAUUAUUAAUAACAAAAAUUCUAUAAAUUUAAGAACAUUUGUGAGCAUAAUAUUCUAUGAACAAAAUGAAGUGUUUAAAUAUUGUAGUGUAUUAAUUUAUAUGUGUUGAUCUUGUGUAUUGUGUAAAAUACUUCAAUAAAAAAUGUUGUCUUUUGUCGCAAAAAAUUUAAAUGAUAUUAUUUAUUUAGUGCUUCUUUUAUCUAGUGUUGCUAUAGGACCAUAUUACAGGUCUCUGAGUACCAUUGUAUUAAAAAAAUGGACUGGUUCAUUACUUGGUAUUGUGCUUAUACUCAUUGUAUCAGGAUACAAUGCUGUUCACCCUCUUUUAUCAGCUGUUGUUGGUAUACUAGCCAUUAAAUUGGCAACUGUGAAGUAUUGUCAUAUAGUAUCAUUCUUUUUCAUGUUUGGAUAUCUCUUCUUUUUCCGACUUGCUAACAAAUUUGGUCUGCCUUUACCUUCAGGCCAAACUAACCUUAUAGAAAUGAUCUUAGUAUUACGAAUAGUUGGAGUAGCAUUUGAGAUUAAUGGCUCUUGGCUAGCAAUGAAAAGUGGCAAGGAAAAAGGAAAUGAAAUAGGAACUUCAAAAUAUAUUAAAGAAAAAGAUGAUGAGUUUUUAGAAUUAAUAAAUCCUUCACUUAUUGACUUGUUCCAUUAUUCUUUCAAUUAUGUGGGAUUGCUAACAGGACCCUACUAUAGGUAUCGAACAUUUGAUGAUUAUUUUCAUUUGCCAUACAGUAAAUAUGUUGAUUGUAUGGGUUUCACCAUAAAUACAUUGAAGACAGUUCCACUGUAUAUAUCACUUUACUUGGCUUUGUCCAACCUUUGGCCAUUGGAGUAUAUUUUAUCUGAAGAUCACAACAACAGGAGCUUCAUUUACAGAAUGUUGUACCCAUGGGCACUGUUUACAACAUUCCGACAACGCAUUUAUUCCGGCAUGACCCUCGCUGAGAGUGUGUGCACAUCAGCUGGCGUAGGCGCAUAUCCUGUUCAAGGGCAGAAUAGAACUGGCCACGGACCUACAGUUGGAUAUUUGAAAAUGAAAAAAAUGACUGAAGACGAAGCAAAAUUUGCUCAAUAUGACUUCAAUACCGUUGAAUCUAUGGAUGUAUGGGGUUGCGAGACUGUCGUCACUUUGCGUGAUUCUAUGAAGGUGUGGAAUAAAGCAGUUCAAUACUGGGUAGCUAUGGUUGUGUACAAGAGGUUCCCAAUAAAGUUUUUGAAGAUCCAUGCAGCGUUGUUCGUAUCCGUAAUAUGGCAUGGAAUUCACGCUGGAUAUUUCUUCUGCAUUUAUUUUUGCCCAUUUUAUGUGAUGGCAGAGGAUAUAUAUUACAAGUUGUAUUACAAGCCUGCCACAGGUUUGAAAAAGAAUAUUAUCGGCUUUAUAAUGUGGUUCCUACGAUCUCAUUCAGAAUCUUAUCAAUCGGCUGCAUUCCUUCUGCUCACAUUCGACAGGAUCUGGAUAUAUUACUCUUCUGUUUACCACUAUUGGUACGGUGUUUGGUUAUCUUUCCUGAUAUUAGGUCUUAUAUUAAAUAAGCUACAUAAAAUUUCUAGGCCAAAGAGAUUACAGGCAGAGGAAGAAAAUAAAUUAGAAGCUAAAAACAAGUGAUUUCAAGGGAUUAUUUAUACUAUUUAUUUUUACAAGUGACUUAAGAAUUUUAUAUUAGUUCUAUUUUAUUAAUACCUGUAUUUCUACAAUUUCCUACGAAAAAUACGACUACAUACGACACAUCUUAAUUUAUUUCACUGUCGUUUUAUUAGUCCGUGAUGUCAGAGUUUCUACGAUAUUAUAGCGUAUAUUUUAUACCUGAUGAUGCCUCGUUCAGAGGCGAAUCGUGCCGCAAUAUGGGUGUAGAUUCAAAAGUUGGAAUUUUAUCACUAACAGAGAUGGUACCGUUCUAGUAGCGGUGGUCAGGUUUCAGCCGAGAAUUUUUGUAGGUCUCACAUAAUUAAUGGGAACUUAAUUAAACAAAAUAAUAUUAGUUCCUUAAGUAAUGG